AUGGCAUCAGGCAACGGAGAUCCGGUAAACUAUGCUCACUACACCGAUCGGCUGAAGAAGCCUGACGUGCUGUCCGAACUGAAGUCUGCCGACAACAAGUUCUUGUUCACGCGGGCACUGCUCGCAGAACACGGCAUGUUGCCCACGACAUUGGAUCGUCCCCCCGACAGCGGUGUGCGCCCAGUCACCGAAAAAUGGAAGACGGAUUUUGAACAUGGUCUCAUGCUUUCCGUGAAUCAGCAAUAUAAGGAAGCCGCCAAGCAAUUUUCUCGGUCCAUGGUCGACGGCGAGCCGGGAACCGUUAACCACUCUCUAGCCAUGAUUAACCGGGCAAUUGUGCUUUACCACUUGGGUCAGUUCACACGUAGCUUGAUGGACGUGCGCCAGGCCAUGGGGUCCAAGUACCCGCCCGAGAUGGGGCACGUAUUGUAUGAGUUUGCCGGAAUGGCAGAAAGUCGCCGUCGCCGUGGACAAGUGCAAGAACUGCAAGUGCAAGGAAGUUGUGUCGGACUUGGACAUUUCGGACGAUUCGGACUUGGAAAACCCGUUUCCCAACCGGCUGGUGGGUGGCAAAAACAAGAGCAUUCCGGCGCUUUUUCGGCCUUUUUGGAACUCAAAUCGUCCAAAAAUAUGGGACGAGGUGUUUACACCACUCGCGACAUAAACCCAGGAGAUGUUGUGGCCAUAGAUGAACCUUACAUUUACGGGGGAUUACAAUUACACAAUUCUUGUUGUCGUAAUUGCCUGAAAUCGCCAGUAGUUCCAAUACCCUGUACAAAAUGUUCAUUAGUUUAUUACUGCAGUGAAAAUUGUUUACAUAAAUCAAUGAAAGAUGGACACAAUUUGGAAUGUCCAAUUAUUUUUUUUAUCAGAUCAUUGCCAGGAAUAACUGAUUUGAAUCAACUUGCUUUGAAGUGGUUAUCAAAAGAAUUAUCAAAAAUGGGUUUGAAAAAAUAUUGUUCGUUGGUAGAUACAUUUUCUAAAUCUAAAAUAGAUCCUAAGACAAGGGGUUUUAAUGAAAACGGUCAAUAUAAGUCUGACAAUUUUUUAACGGCCUAUUCGUUGGAUAGCUGUGAAGAAGAAAUGCCAAUAGAAGUAUUGUUUUUUUUUAACUGUAUUGCUGCUGAAAUGUUACAGUAUUUGAUGUUAAGUGGAUUCAAAAUUGAAGAAUGCUAUUUAGGUAUUGUAGGUACUUCUUUGGUACGCAUCCUAAGUGUUUUAGAUUUAAACGCUAGAAAAAUAAAUAUCAAUGCCCCAAACAUGGUAUCUCUAAAAGGUCAAUCAUUACAAAGUUAUUACUAUAUGACUUUUCCAAUGGCAAUAGCUUUGUAUCCAAGUCUUGCUUUAUUCAACCAUUCUUGUGAUCCAAAUAUAGAACGAAGUGGAAAAUUAUCUACAAAAACAAGAGUAAUGAAAGCUAUUCAACCGAUUCCCAAAGGAAACCAGUUAUUCUUUAGUUAUGGAAGGUUAAAAUUGUUUGAUGAGAUGAAAAAUGAAGAAAGACAAGAGAUUUGCCGUCAUAAUUUCAAGUUUGAAUGCUGCUGCCAGCGUUGCAUAGAAAACUGGCCUCAAUAUCAUUCCAUACCAAAUGGUCUUUCUGCAAUAAAUAUAUUAAACCCUAGAAUGGCAGAUACUGUGAUAAAGGAGUGCAAGCGAUUUGAGGACUUUAUAGAAAACGUGGGCUAUGAUGAGUUUCAUCGUCAUUUAGAUUAUCUUUAUGGGUUUAUUAAGCUAUUAUUUACUAAUGUAAAACGACCAUUUAGAUUGUAUGAAAAUUGUCUUCGCAUAAUAAUUCAUGCACAUACAGGACUCCAACAUCAAAUUUCAUUUCGAUAAUAAUAAUUAUUAAAUUUAUAUAAUUUUUAGUUUAUAUUAUCAUCAGUUUUUUUUUU